AUGUUUGGUACACCCGCAUUUCUAUCGUUGCUUUUCCUUCUUUCGCCGCUUCAUGUGUUCGCCAGCACAGAAAAGGCAUGCUAUGCCCCUGAUGGACGUGUUGCCGACAAUACAUAUCAGCCAUGUAUCGCCAUAAACGGCGUGCAUUCGAUGUGCUGCAGCUUAAACACCACCACCCCGGAUACGUGUCAACCCAACGGUCUGUGCUUAUCCAACUCGGCGAACGAGUACAAGUCGAACUACUGGAGGGACUUUUGUACCGAUAAGACCUGGGAGAGUCCGAAUUGUUUGAGCAAGACCCUCUGCGAUGAUGAUGCAGGAGGAAAUUCAGACUGGACCUCUCGAGUAACUAUAUGUGAUAACGGAUCCUAUUGCUGCGGCACAGACCAGACCUGCUGCUCAGGCACCACCUUUACGCUCAAACCCACGUUAGUCGCCAUUGGAAACACCACCGCCGCUACCGCCACAACAACAGUUACAGCGACUGGUUCUGGUGUGAGCGACAAUCCAGGGCCAUCAAAGGUUGCCAUUGGAGCGGGUGUGGGUGUUCCACUGGCCCUUCUUGCUAUAGCGAUGUUGGGAGCUGGGUUCAUUUGGGGCAGGAGGAACACCCAAGCGAAGUACAACUCUUUGCCUGGUGGCAUUAAUCGGUAUGGGGGGCACCCGGAAGGCUAUGUGCAUCCGGACGGCUACGUGCAGGCACAUCCGCUGUCGCAGAUUGCUCAUGCUGACUCGAAGGCUAUCCAUGAGGUUUCAGCUGGUCCCGUCGGACCUAGUGAGCUGGCUGUGACUAGAGAACCGAGGGCGAAGCACUGA